UACCUCGCUGAAUAUUGAUCAGGACCCUUUUUGGGGUUAAUAAGACCUGACAUUCCGAUAUUGAUGAAAAGGGCUCAUUAAAGCCUCGAACCUGCUGGAGACCUCACCAGGGAUGUUAAGUGGGGGGGACUUUGUUGUGUUUGUGAACAAUCAGGGUUGACAGGAUGCUUUCCAUUUCGGGGUCACCUGGAAACACGAUGCCUUGGAUUCAGAUGCAACAUGACGAGCCUCUGCUGCUUUUCUUUUUCUCGUCUUCUCAGUGGCCCCCGUCUUCAGCUUCUUAGAUCAAUGCUGAGGUCUCUAACCAGACUGUGCUGAUAUUGAUUUCCUUUUCCCCUUUGAAAAAACACUCCAAGUGAUAGCUAGUAUGUCAUCCCACCAGUGGAUCAAUAGAGACGUGUAAUGCAUGUUUUUGGGUCUGAAACUGGAGAUGGUCUUUGGACAGAUGGGACACUUCAGGUGGACUCAGACAUAUGAAGAAGGAGGUCAUUACUCAGUUUGGAUCCAGAUGUCAGAGGGUCCUGGUGAAACCAGCUGCAUUCACACUGUGGAUAAACAACCACACAGUGCAUACCUACCUCUUCUGGUGGCAGCUCUCCUCCUGGCCUUCAUUGCUGCCUUAUUCGUCGUUGCACCAUACGUUUACAGGAGGCGUUGUACAUCAAAAUUUAUUAAGACCGUUUGCUGCCAAAGCAUUCAGUACUCACUGGAUAAUGACACACCAGAUGCCUGUGGAGCCGAGAACAGCGCCGCUAAAUCUAAACCAACACGUCUGCGCUCUCUAGACACCUUCCGAGGGUUUUCACUGACGGUGAUGGUUUUUGUGAACUAUGGUGGAGGAGGUUACUGGUUUUUUCAGCAUGCACCUUGGAAUGGUCUAACUGUGGCAGAUCUUGUCAUGCCAUGGUUUGUGUUUAUCAUCGGGACAUCAGUGGUGUUGGCUCUCAGAUCGAUGCAGAAGAGAGGACUAAGUCAAAUGCAGCUUCUGCGGAAAAUCACCUGGAGGACGGUUGUUCUGCUGUUACUCGGCUUCUGCUUCCUUAACUACUCUCCAAGAGAUGGACUGCUGUCCUGGUCCUGGCUCAGGAUCCCUGGAGUCCUGCAGCGUCUGGGCUUCACCUACUUUGUUCUGUCUCUACUGCAGACAUUCUGGGGCCAGAAAGAAAUGCCAGUGAAGACGUAUCACUGGUUGAACCCGGUCCAGGAUGUGGUUCUGUACUGGCCACAGUGGCUGAUUAUCAUCCUUCUGGAGACUCUGUGGCUCUGUCUCACCUUCCUGAUGCCUGUACCCGGCUGCCCCACAGGGUAUUUAGGAGCCGGUGGAAUUGGUGAUAACGGCCUUUACCCAAACUGCACUGGAGGAGCAGCAGGAUACAUCGACAGAUGGAUGUUUGGAGACAACAUGUACAGACACCCAACAUGCAAAAUAAUGUAUCACACCACUGAGCCCUUCGACCCAGAGGGGAUUCUGGGUACAAUCAACUCCAUUGUCAUGGGAUUUCUGGGGAUGCAGGCGGGAAAAAUUAUUAUUUGCUACAAGGGGGCCAACUUCCACAUCCUGUGUCGAUUUUUAGUGUGGGCAAUCUUUCUGGGAAUCUCUGCAGCCAUCCUUACUAAGUGCACACGAGACGGAGGAUUUAUACCUGUCAAUAAAAACCUUUGGUCGCUGUCCUAUGUGACGUGCAUGGGCUUUUUCUCCUUCCUGCUGCUGGGAGGCAUGUACUUUAUCAUUGACGUUAAAGGCUGGUGGAGAGGGAGGCCAUUUAUAUACCCAGGGAUGAACUCCAUCCUGGUGUACGUCGGACACUCCCUGCUGGGCUUCUACUUCCCGUUCAGUUGGGAGAUGCGUUUCCUGGACAGUCACUGGGAGUGGCUCUUCCAAAGCCUGUGGGGGACAGCACUCUUCCUGCUCCUUUGGCGGCCUCGCUGAGCUCCAGCCUCUUGCGACGUUCAAAGACAUCGAUUGGAGGCGUUUUCUGUGUGAGUGACUGGUGUCCUGCCCCGAGGCUGCAGCCAUGCAUCACUCCACACUAUCCGGUCACAGAG